AUGUCGUCUCGAGGUAGAGGCUAUGGAGGAAGAGGAAGUUACAGUGGUGGUAGAGGGAGUGGAUAUAGGGGGUCGUAUCGAGGAAGUAGCAAUAGAGGAUCAUAUGAGAGUCGCGGGGGACGUGGUGGAGGCUACUCUUCAUAUAAUAAUGAGUCCCGAUAUACUAGCAGUAGUGCAAGUAGAUAUAAUUCCAGCCGUGACAGAAUGGAAGACUCUUAUAAGAAACCAUAUAGAUCAGAAAGUUCUGCAAGUUAUUCCAAUCGGGAUUAUGGUGGUCGGUCCGGCUCUCCUGACAGAAAGAGGAUGAGGAUGGAGGGCUCUUCGAGCGAUAGACGUAGCCAUGAUGGAGGUGGCCAUUACGGUGGAUCUUAUGGCGCUCGACAAGAAAGUUACAGCAGCGAAAGGAGAUCGUUUGGUGGCGAAGAUCGCCGACGCUCGCCAAACCGAGAAAGCUACCGCAAGCCGAGCGGAAUGGGCCCGCCGCGAGAGACACGGCCCACGACGCGGCCACGCGCCGUGCGCCGGUCCUUCCGCGGACGCACUAUGCGGUCACGGGCGACCUUCAGAGGCGCACCGCGCUCUCGCGGUACAUUUACCUCUAGGCGAUACACCGAAAGAACGCUCGGUUACACCCGUGCGUUCCGAUCUGUCAAGGGCCGAAGCAGUUCUGUCAAGUCCAAAGAAGAUGCCUCUUCAACUGAAGAAGAUUGGGAUGCAGAGGAGAAAGAGGAAGUUGCUGAAGAAAAAAAGGAGACCAAAACUAAAUCCCCAAAGGCUGAAGCCGACGUGUCUGAUGGAGAGCAAGUAGAGGGUGGCGAAGACACAGAUAAAGAACCAGAUGCUGCGUCGGAUACAGGUCCCCAGCGUCCGCGUCCUUACGUACAUUUAUCGUGCGUACAUUGUAAAGAGAAAUGUGCAACUUUUGCGGCAUACGCAAAGCACCUGGUGUCGAGCAAGCAUCGCGCGGCCAUGAGCGGCGUGGCGCGGCGGCACAAGGCGCAGCUGCUGCGAAUGCGCGUGGCGCAGCGCGGCGCCCAGCGCGAGCUGGAGGCGGCGGCGGGCGCGCAGCUGGCGGCGCGCACGACGUUCUGCCCGGUGUGCCGCCUCAACCACCGCACCACGCGCCACGCGCACAACCUCACCGACACGCACCGCGCCAUGAAGCGCUUCCUGAUGCCGUUUUGCCAGAUUUGUCGCCUCACCUUCCGCUCGCCUAUGAUAUACGAACAUCAUAUUUGUUCUUUGGAACACCUUAAGAGGAAAGCGAGCCAAUCUGCGCGUCGAGUGAGUCCUAAGGCUGAAGCUAGCGGUGACGAGGGCAUGGAUGUUGAUUUAGACAACUUUAUGACUCUUGACUCAGUGGGUGAUGUAGAUGAAGUUGAAGAUGAUGACUCAGGGGGCGAAAAGAAAGAUGAAAGUUCUCCUAAAAAACCCAAAGUUGAAAUUAACAUUGGCAGUGAGCAUAUCAAAAAAAUGGAGGUUUGGUGGUGUGAAUUAUGCCGUGUUUACUUGCCCCAUGUUGAGGCUGGCGGCACUGAAGAAGCAGAAGCUCUGCGUCGUCAUUGUCGUUUACGUAUACAUCUGGGGCGCUAUGUCCAACAUCGUGACACUCGCACUCUUCGCAAACACGCUGAAAGAAUUCAUCGCCAGUUACAUCAGCAAAAAGAAGAAGAGAAGGAAACUUCUCCUGCUGAAACUGGAGAUAAGACUGCACCGGUGAAGGUGGAAGAUACUGAAGAUCCUAAAAAGAAACUGGACAAUGGUGCUGAUAAUUCGGCCGCAUCUGGGAGUGAGGAUAAAUUAUGGGCAGAUGUAGAUAAAGACAUUGGAGAGUUACUUCGAGAAGUAGAUCCCCAAGGUAACGAAGGCAGUGACGACGAGGAAGAUCUCGGGAGGUAUGAUAAAUUCAGGAAGAGUGAUAAGAAAAUUAAACCAGGUGAAAACGGAGAGACUCCUGGUGAUGCUGCAGAUGCUGUUAGCGAGAAAAGUAAUACCGAAAUAAAUGCGUCUGCUUAA